AUGGGAUUUUUCAUGUCGACGAAGAUCGGAGGGAUUCUUGCGCUUGCCUUGGUGUUCCUCUCCCUGACGGUGUCAGGAGACUCUGCAGAUGUGAGGUGUGAGAACAUUUAUAAGGACUUUUCUGACUGUGUCCUGGAGCUGGGAGAGAGCAUGGACAACUAUCAGGAGAACGUGACCAGUGAGAGAGGAGUGGCGGCCGUCUGCAGCCACUGGGAAGCUUUCCACACAUGUGCCCUCACAGCGCUGUCCGACUGUCAGGAGGAAGUCAGCUCCAUCUGGGAGACUCUGAGGCAAGACUCCAGGAAGAUGCGCUUCCAGGGAAGUUUGUUCGACCUGUGCAGCCCCAGUUCCUCUCCCCCAAUAAGUUCGCCUCUUGCUGCCCUUACCCUGCCACUGAUGGGCAUGCUGAUCGUGGCCGGGCACGACUGGUCCUCUGUAUAG